AUACAACCAUCCAUCCAUCCAUCCAUCCACUUCCAAGUCUCUGCAUCACAAAGCCAAAACCAAUGGAAGCCAAACUCCAUUCCCUUGUCACAAAACCGCCAUUACCGACAACCCUCACAAAGCAUUCAACCACCGCCAAGUAUCCGACACUCUUACCGUCCCGCCACCGCCCACCACUCAAAUUCAGCCCCAUCAGCAGCAGCAGCAGCAGCAACAAUGCUAAUGAGUCCAGCGUCUCGGAGAGUGACAACCUCCCGCGGCCACAAAUAACGCCGCCCCCAGAAACCGUCGAGGUGCGGUUCAGGAGACGGUCGAGAAGGCGCUCGAACCAACAGAGGGACGACAAAAAGGGUGACAGACGGCUUGCAAAGGCAGAGCAGGCUCCGGUGCAGAAGAAGUGGGAAGACAUGAACGUAGCUGAGAAGGCCAUGGCGCUCUACGUGGGAGAGAAAGGCCUGCUAUUUUGGCUCAACAAGUUUGCAUACGCCUCCAUCUUCAUCGUCAUCGGAGGGUGGAUAUUUUUCCGGUUUGUGGGGCCGUCACUCAACCUUUACCAGUUGGAUUCUCCUCCUCUCUCUCCUGAUUCCAUGUUCAAGGGUUCUUCUUGAUCACCAAUCCCAGACACGCCCUAAGAUCUGUUUUGUUCUUCGUCAAUGACAUUGGUUUUCUUUUCUGGGUAUUUCUGUUCUAGGAGGUUUUGUAGCUCUAUUUCAUCACAAACCCACAUGAAUGAAAUAUCCUAUAAGUUAUGAAUAAUAACUCAAAUGGAAACACUUUCAUUA